GUCCCUGUUCUGACAACUCAAGAGCAGAAACAGGUAAAUAUAUAUAUGUAUAUAUAUUCAGUGCUGGAAGUUCUCCCAGUGCGUAUGCAUGACAAGCUGGGACACCCAGGAGCAGCGCAGACCCGUCGGACCACGCUGACAUCACAGUCAUAGUGAGGCACUGUCACACUUUGUCGCAGUGCCUGGGUGGACCCUCAGCCCCACAGGGCACCUGUGGAACCACUGCAGGUUUGUGAAGGUCGACUGCAGGCACGCUUUCGUCCUAUCCGGACCAGCUAAGAUGCCAAACACUGACAAAGACAAGAAGCUACUCCACAAGCUGGGCUUCACGCUGGCGGAGACCUUAGGAGAGGGUGCGUUCUCCACGGUGAGGGCGGCCACCUCCCCCAAGUACACGGUCCCCCUAGCUAUCAAGAUGGUGGACAAGCGAAGGGCCUCUCCAGAAUGUGUGGAGAAGUUUCUGCCCCGGGAGCUCUCCAUCCUGCGUGAGCUGGAUCAUCCCAACAUCGUGCUCAUCUUUGAGAUCUUUGAGCUGACCGACGGCAUGGUCUACAUCGUGAUGGAGUCGGCAGCCUUCGACCUGCAGCAGCGGCUGCAGCAGCUGGGCAAGCUGCCCUGCGUCCCCGACGCCCGGGACAUCUUUGUGCAGGUGGUGGGGGCCGUGCACUGCCUCCACGACCGCAACAUCGUGCAUCGUGACCUCAAGUGUGAGAACAUACUGCUCAGUGCUGAUGGCCGCCAGGCCAAGAUUGCUGGCUUUAGCCUCAGCAGGGAAAUGAGCAGCUACCCAGAACUGAGCAGCACCUUGUGCGGAACAGAAGCCUACAUGGCCCCGGAGAUGUGGCUGCAUUACCCCCACGAUGCCAAGAAGUUGGACAUCUGGAGCCUGGGGGUGGUCCUUCUUGCCAUGGUGACUGGCAGCUUGCCCUUCCACGGCUGCCUCUGCAACACCAUCCAGCAUCAGAAGGAUGGGGUCCAGCACCUGAGGGGGGUGUCCGCGCUGCCGGAGCCCUGCCAGGCCCUCCUUGUCCAGCUGCUGCAGUUCUUACCAUCCUCCCGGCCCAGCGUGGCGCAGGUGGCCAGCAACAGCUGGCUGAAGGUGGAUAUCUAAGGGGAAUCCUCCCCAGAGAAUGUGUCAGGACAGCCAGCUUUUGGUGCAAUAAAUGCUGUUGAAGAAAAGCUCUUGAGCAGUUUG